AUGCUUUCAUCACAACCAAAAAUUCCAGAGGUUGGUAGUGAAUUUUCAACAGCAGAAAGCUUCAAGGAAGCUGCUCAACAGGGUGCUAAAGCAGCAGGUUUUGCCUUUAGUGUGUCAUCAUCAAAACUGUCACGCAGUGAAAAAGGUGGCCACAUUCCUUAUAUUCUUUUACAAUGCGUAAUGGGGGGCGAAUAUAGAAAUAACCAUAAGAUUACUGAAGAAACGAGAAAAAGAAUUAAAUCUACCAAACGCCAAAACUGCCCUGUUACUUUGUAUGCUGUUUUGAAUGAGAAUGCUGGAGUUUGGGUAGUGCGAUCUUAUAAAAAGCAGCAUAACCAUGAGCUUCUCCCUCCAUCACAAGUUUAUUGUCUUCAUCAACAUCGGCAGCUUAAUGCAGAACAAAAAGAGCUAGUUCAUAUAAUGCUUAAAAGUGGAGCAUCGGUCCAGUCAGUUGCUGAUGCGGUACAAUGGAAGCAUGGUACUGUGUAUACAAAAGAUAUUGUUAAUGAACGUGACAGAAUUAGAAAUGCUUUAAAUGAGGGCUCAAAUAAUGAUACUACUAUGCAGCUUCUGCAAAAAUUAGAGGAACACAAUUAUAUACUUCGCCAUCUAUUAUCAAAAGACGGUUAUAUGAGAAAUCUGUUUUUUACUCAUAUUGAAGCUGCAUCUCAUACUGCUGAAUAUACUUACGAAUGGUUUCUAAAUACUUUAAAAGAAGUAAUCUAUGAUGCAUACUUUUGUUCUCCAGAAGUAUUUGUUUCAGAUAGGUCCCAAGCUCUUCGAAAUGCAGCUAAUAAAGUUUUUCCAGAAGCGAAAAAAAUGCUUUGUAUCUGGCACAUGCUUGCACAAAAUUUACGAACUGCAUGCCAAAAAUUUUUUGAUUCUGAUGAAGACUACGAUAAAUUAUUGUUGUCGGUUCAAAAAAUAGCCUAUGCUGAGGAGAUGAAUAUAGUCGAAAAAGCAUUUGAUAAGGUAAAAAAAGCAGCGAUGAAAAGUAAAGAUCCUAGUUAUAUUCAAAAUUAUUUGGAGGAAUGGAAAAAGGAUUCAGAGUGUUGGAUGCAUGUAUAUACAAAAAAUUACCCACAUAUGGGAGUUCAGUCAACACAACGAGCGGAAGGAAGUCAUGCCAACCUAAAAAAGGCGAUAGAGGCAGCAAGUGGGUUAGAUCAAGUAUUUUCGCACAUUGAUCGUGCCUUUCGCCAACAUCAAUUACAAAAAAAUGGUGCUUUUGGUUUGAAUCUUAUUUCUGCAGAUCCAUUUAUACUUAAUAAUAUGAGAUUUGAACAGCUGGUUGGGAAAAUUUCUAGAUGGGCUAUUGAUCGAAUAAAAAGGGAAAUAUGUGAGGCUGAAGAAAAUAAUGAUACAAAUAAUAGUGUUUGUAUGUAUAGCUUGAGAUUGAAUUUCAAAUUACCAUGCCGCCACAUAAUUCUGUCAACAGGGCUCAUUCCACUUUCAAUUAUUUACCCACGCUGGCUUCUCAAACAUGAUCAAGUACCUUUAUUGCCUUUAUCUUUGUCAACCGAUACAACCAUUAAUAAGACUUUGUAUAUGCUUGAAGAAAAAUACGAAAACCUAAAUGAUAGUGGAUCAAAAGCUACGUUUUUACAAAAAAUUGAAGCACUAAUUGCUGAGGAAGCUAUAAUUCCAAAAGCACCAUUACGUACUGAAAAUAUAAGACGACCAGCUUCCACCAAGCGAGAUCUUCUUCUUAGUGAACAACAAGAUAAAGCAGCUAAAAAAAAAGAAAGAAACACAUCAAAAUUCAUAAAGAAUAUUCAAAAACCACAGCAGCUUUUAUAUCAUGAUCAAAUUCCUACUUACAUGCAUGAAUAUAUAAAGAAGGUAACUAAUGUAAAUGGAGAUGGCAAUUGUGGAUACAGGGCACUGGCGGUAUGUUUAGGAAGAAAUGAAAAUGAGUGGUCAGAGGUUCGAAAGGAAUUGCGAAAAGAAUUAAUUGAAAGAGAACAAUUUUAUCGAGCUUUGUUUUUAGCCAAUAAUGAUUAUGAGAUAAUUCUAAAAGAGAUCUCUUGGAUCGAUGGCCCUUGCACAUUCGAACACUGGAUGAGGAUGCCACAAGUGGGAGAUGUUAUAACAAAUGCCUAUCAAAGACCAUUGUACUUUUUCUCGUUACAAAUUAGCCUUACCUUUCUUCCGCAUCACCAUCCAUUGAAUCGAAAUAAAGCACUUGCAAUAGCUAUCGUUAAUAAUAAUCAUUAUGUGGCUAUUACAUUGAAGCCUGGUGCUCCCGUACCCCCAAUUGUGAACCAAUGGACACAGUUUGCUACCCCAGCUGCAACUAGAUGGAAGCUACUAAUUCAAAGUCGUAUAGAUCGCUUUCUCUCAAUAAGUAGCUCGGUUAAUGAAGCAGAUCUAAAAAAUAACAUAAAUUAA